AUGAAUCAGAGAUUAGUAACAUUCGAGUCCGGAUGUGCUCCAAACCGACACACACUCACUAUUUAUCAAAAUAAUAUCGUCGGGGCAAUUCCGGCAAUAUCAAUGUUUCUCAAUAUUUGUCUCAUUUUUUAUUUGAAAUUCAAUCAUACUCAAGUGCUAACUAUGGUUGCAAGAGUUCAUGCUUCGGGCCAACGCGGAUCAGUAGAUCGAACGACUUCGCAGAAUUAUGAGACGACUCUAAUGUUCCAAUCGAUUUAUACAACUGCGGUUCUAUUAACCUAUGAGAUUUCCGCUACAUUAAUUGAUAUUUUCUGGGACGAAUAUUCGAGAUUAUCAUUAAACACUCAAUCUUGGAUAUUUUAUUCUCGAAUCUCGAUGUCGUGCCUCAUCAAUGUGCUGGUGUAUGGCGUUGGCACCACUUCAACAAGAAAGCUUCUCGUCGAAACAUUUCAUGUGUUUAUUAGGAAUCGUAAAUUUGUGAAAAUUCGAGUUUCCUCAAUACUUCCAAUGCAGGAAUAG